AUGGACCAACUGUCCAAGAAAGCCGAUCUCAAAGCCCCAUGCGUCGAUGUAGAUGAGGAUACAGGCACAGGAACAACUGAAAGUGUACAGAUUAACACCAGCCGAGUGUUGAGAAAGAUUGAUUCCCGACUUCUACCGCUGCUUGGAUUUUGCUACUUUUUGCAACUCCUCGACAAAGUUUCUCUGGGUUAUACUGCGCUCCUGGGCAUCCGCACUGACGUAGGCCUCGUUGGAGAUGAAUACUCCUGGAUAACUUCCAUUUUCUACUUUGGAUACUUUGCCUGGUCGUUCCCCACGACUUGGAUUAUUGUUCGGGUUCCCCUGGGGAAGUACCUGUCUCUUGUGGUGCAAGUCAUAUCAUUGUUUGCGUGGGGUGCUGUGCUUGCAUGUCAUGCAGCAUGCCAUAACUAUGCUGGCUUCAUGGUUGCGCGCUUUAUCCUUGGUGUAAUGGAGGCAUCCGUUGCUCCGGGUUUUAGUUUCUUAACUGGCAAAUUCUACAAGAGAGAAGAACAGCCACUGAGGCAUGGUAUCUGGUACUUGGGCAACAGCUUUGCCGGUUUUUUGGGCGGUCUCAUAGCCUACGCAAUCGGGCAUAUCGAAUCCACUCUAUACACUUGGCAAUAUCUCUUUAUCAUCCUCGGAUCACUGACAUCCGCUAGCGGAAUCGCUCUGUUCUUCCUUCUUCCCGAUGGACCUGAAACCGCGUGUUUUCUAUCGCCAAAAGAGCGUGUCGUUGCCGUUGAGCGUACCAUGAGUGCCCACCAGAAAAAGGGCUCGAACAAAUUCCAGUCUUAUCAAGUGUGGGAGGCAUUCAAAGAUCCCCAGUCUUGGCUUCUUUGUUUGAACAUGCUUGGAGUUAUGCUUGUUAACUCAGGGUUGACUGCCUUCACGGGUAUCAUCAUUGCUGGAUUCGGUUAUUCUGGACUUCAGGCGCUGCUAUACCAGAUGCCAGGCUCUGCGGUGCAAAUUGGUUUAGUCACUAUUACCUCUUUCUGCGGUAGUUACGUUCCAAACUCGCGGUGCUACAUGCUAGUCAUUCUUGCCUUGCUUAGUAUCAUCGGUUGUGUCUUGGUCUAUACCCUGGACGACAAUCACAGACAGACAAAGCUAUUCGGAACGUCGAUCAUGGGAUCCUUUGCUUCAGGUUUGCCGAUUAGCAUGUCAAUGGUGUCCUCUAAUGUCUGUGGAAGUACCAAGAAGACCACGGUCAGCGCAAUGCUGUUUAUUUGCUACUGUGUUGGCAACAUCAUCAGUCCGCAGGUUUUCUUGGCAAGGGAAGAGCCUAAGUAUCCGACUGGUAUCAAAGUCUGCCUUUCUGGUCUCUCUCUUGGAGUUGCCUCCGCCAUGGGCCUUCGGUUCUACAUGCAGUACCGUAAUUCCCGUGCGGUGACCAGUGCUGGUAGCUACGAGUCGGAUGGCAGUAACACUGACGAUGAUCAGGACAAGACUGACAGGGAGAUUCCAGGGUACAUCUAUCUACUUUAG